AUGGAGUCGGUAAAGCAAAAGGUUUUGACCCCUGGCAAGGAGGGGCUGAAAAAUUUCGCAGGGAAAUCUCUCGGUCAACUCUACAGAGUCCUCGAGAGGAGACAGAAGACCAGCGACAACAUCGAACUGACGGAAGAUGGGAAGCCCUUGGAGGUUCCCGAGAAGAAAGCGCCCUUGUGCGACUGCACCUGCUUCGGGCUACCCCGGAGAUACAUCAUCGCCAUCAUGAGCGGACUGGGCUUCUGCAUCUCUUUCGGGAUCCGCUGCAACCUGGGAGUUGCCAUCGUUGAUAUGGUCAAUAACAGCACCAUUCACCGAGGAGGGAAAGUCAUCAAGGAGAAAGCGAAGUUCAACUGGGACCCGGAAACAGUUGGCAUGAUCCACGGCUCUUUUUUCUGGGGCUAUAUAAUCACGCAGAUCCCCGGGGGAUACAUUUCAUCCAGGCUGGCAGCGAACAGGGUCUUUGGCGCAGCUAUCCUCUUGACGUCCACACUCAAUAUGCUAAUACCAUCCGCAGCUCGAGUGCAUUAUGGAUGUGUCAUCUUUGUUAGAAUCUUGCAAGGGCUUGUUGAGGGUGUAACUUAUCCAGCCUGCCAUGGAAUAUGGAGCAAGUGGGCACCCCCUCUAGAGCGAAGUAGACUAGCAACAACUUCUUUCUGUGGUUCCUAUGCAGGUGCAGUCAUUGCAAUGCCACUGGCUGGGAUUUUGGUGCAAUAUACUGGAUGGUCGUCCGUGUUCUAUGUGUAUGGAAGUUUUGGCAUUUUCUGGUACAUGUUUUGGCUUUUGGUGUCCUAUGAAAGCCCUGCAAAGCAUCCUACGAUUUCAGAUGAAGAACGCAGAUAUAUAGAAGAGAGCAUUGGAGAGAGCGCCAAUUUGUUAGGAGCCAUGGAAAAAUACAAGACUCCAUGGAGAAAGUUUUUUACUUCUAUGCCAGUCUAUGCAAUAAUUGUUGCAAACUUCUGCAGAAGUUGGACUUUUUACCUGCUGCUUAUUAGUCAGCCCGCUUACUUUGAAGAAGUGUUUGGAUUUGAAAUAAGCAAGGUGGGAAUGCUAUCUGCAGUGCCACAUUUAGUGAUGACUAUUAUUGUGCCUAUUGGGGGCCAAAUUGCAGACUUUCUAAGGAGCAGGCAAAUUCUUUCAACCACUACUGUCAGGAAGAUAAUGAACUGUGGAGGUUUUGGAAUGGAAGCAACUCUUCUCCUGGUGGUUGGAUAUUCUCAUAGCAGAGGCGUGGCCAUUUCCUUCUUAGUGCUUGCUGUAGGAUUCAGUGGAUUUGCUAUAUCUGGAUUCAAUGUUAACCACUUAGAUAUUGCUCCAAGAUAUGCCAGUAUCUUAAUGGGCAUUUCAAAUGGUGUUGGCACACUGUCUGGAAUGGUAUGUCCUAUAAUAGUCGGAGCAAUGACAAAGAACAAGACACGUGAAGAGUGGCAGUAUGUCUUCCUUAUUGCUGCUUUGGUCCAUUAUGGUGGAGUCAUAUUCUAUGCCAUUUUUGCUUCGGGAGAGAAACAACCGUGGGCAGACCCGGAACAGACAAGUGAAGAAAAAUGUGGCUUCAUUCAUGAAGACGAACUUGCUGAAGAAACAGGGGACAUUACUCAGAAUUAUGUAAAUUAUGGUACUACUAAAUCAUACGGUGCUACAACCCAGGUCAAUGGUGGCUGGCCAAAUGGCUGGGAGAAGAAAGAAGAAUUUGUACAAGAAGAAGCACAAAACUCAUACAGCUAUAAGGACAGAGAAGAUUAUUCAUAA